UAAUCCGAGAUCCAAAAGAUGCGCACAGGGAAAGACGACGUGCAAAGGACCAACUACACGCGCCUCCCGUGAUCCAUCCAUAUGGCAACGACAUGCGUCCAUUGCAAGCCAUCUCCCGCUCGUCCCUUUUUGCCCCAACGGCCGCGGUCAUCGUCCUCGCUGGCGCUAGGCUAUCCGGGAAGCCAACUGCUAAGCGCCCUUCACACGACCCUCGAACCGAAUCGACAGAGUCAGCUCGAACUGUCCACGGGGUUGCUCAAGAUGCUAGCCGACCUGCCAGCUGGACACUGUCACCUCCGAAAUCUCUCCAAAAUGCCUCUUCCACCAGCACUAGCAAACAACACUUGGCAGAAGUGGGCCUAGACCCUCGACUUACAUCAUCGCCCGGCGCGGGAAACCAUCAGAUCAAGUUCAGCACCGCCGUCCGCGCCGCACUUCACCACCAGCACCACCGCCAGUGAUCAUUGUGAGCCUGGAAAUGAGCGGUGAGUUGGCGUAUCGCCUUACUUACCAGUCCCCUGUUCAUGGUGUGCCUUACUACAGAGCACCUCCUAAAAUUUCGGCAGUGCACUGGACUUGCGAGCAUGUACUUCUUCACAGAGAUACGGCUACGGACACAGCAUUCAGAGACAAGACAGUAGCGGCUUGUCUCUCCUGUCUGUCGCCUGUCUGCCAGCACACUGACUUUAUCCCCUGCUCUGA